GAGGCUUCACAUUAACGCGCGCUGGAGACCGCACGAGCCCGGAGAUCUGAGUUCCUCUUCACUGCUUGCUGUGGUGUGGAAAGUGGAUUUAUUUCUGUUCUUUUCUCGCGUCGUCUCGUUUAAACCGAGUUGCACGCUGACUAACCUGGAGGCGUCGCGCGGAGCUCCCACACCGGAAAAGGUGAUGAGGCAUCGCAGCUGAUCAUGGAGCUUUUCUGGAUUUUAUUCUUCUCCGUCCUGCAGCGCUUCACACGAGGACAGGGGGUUUACGCUCCUGCGAACGCACAGAUUGUUCACUCUGGCCAGGCGUGUGUGGUGAAGGAGGAUAACAUCAGUGAGAGGAUCUACACCAUCCGUGAAGGUGACACGCUUGUGCUACAGUGCCUGGUUAAGGGACAUCCACGGCCACAGGUACGGUGGACCAAGACAGCAGGCAGCGCUUCAGACAAAUUCCAAGACACACCGAUCUUCAAUGAAACUCUACGUAUCGACAACAUCCAGAGGGUGCAGGGAGGCCGCUACUACUGCAAGGCCGAGAACGGGGUUGGGGUGGCUGCCAUCAAGUCCAUCCGGGUAGAUGUGCAAUACUUGGAUAAGCCAGUGCUCACGGUACACCAGACUAUCAGUGAUGUGAGAGGCAACUACUACCAGGAGAAGACGGUGUUUCUGCGCUGCACUGUCAACUCCAACCCUCCGGCUCGCUUCAUCUGGAAACGAGGCAACGUUCCCAUCGAACAGAGCAAAGACAACGGUGUGGACAUCUACGAACCUUUAUACACACAGGGUGAGACCAAGGUGCUAAAGCUGAAGAACCUUAGGCCUCAGGACUUUGCGAACUACACAUGUCAGGUGUCCGUCCGCAACGUCUGUGACAUACCGGAUACGUCAGUCACCUUCCGAUUGACCAAUGCCACCACUCCACCAGCCUUGAAGCUCUCGGUCAAUGAGACGUAUGUGGUGGACCCAGGCCAGGAUGUCACCAUGUCGUGUGAGGUUACAGCUGGUUUCCCCACGCCCACUGUGACAUGGGCACGAUACCCCAGCCCCCUGCCACGCCGCGCCAUCAUUCGUGGUGGUUCUCUAACGCUGCGCUCCGUCACUCCAGCUGAUUCGGGGUUCUACAACUGCACCGCUGUCAACAACGUGGGAAACCCAGCCAGGAGAAACGUCAACCUUAUUGUUAGAACAAUGAAGAACUUGACAUUCCAGAUCACACCUGAUUCGAACAAGGACAGCGAGAGCAUCCAGAUGGGUCGUGACCUCAAGCUGUCAUGCCACGUGGAUGCUCAGCCCCAGGAUAAGGUCAACUACACCUGGUACAAGAAUGCUGUCCCUGUGUACCCAUCAGACAGCCUCAUUGUGCUGCGCAGUGACCCGGACAUGCCGCCUGGCACCAGCAGCCUGGAGAUUGUGGACAUGAAGUUCCGAGAUCAAGCCACCUACAGCUGCGUGGCCAACUUCCCCGGCAGUAAUGUUCCCGAACUCCGAGUGGACGUUAAUAUCACACAAAGCAGUGUAAUUCCUCCAGUCCUGACCGUACCUGUGGGUGGAAGUGUGGUCAAUGUGAGCGAAGGUGGGAAUGCAGAGCUGGUGUGCCUGGUUGAGGGUAAGCCUCGCCCCCCAGUUCUCUGGUCCCGGGCCAACAAAGACAUGCCCAUGCCUUCGGGUGACUGGAUGAUGGAAACACGUGAUGGACGCCUGCGUCUCACCAAUGUCACGCGAGAUAUGGCAGGGGCUUACCGAUGCCAAACGGCACCGUACAACGGCCUCAACAUCAAACGCAGGCUGGGACAAGUGCAGCUCAAUGUGGAGUACCCUGCUGUGGUGGACCCGGUCUUCCAGAAUGUCCGCUCUCCAAACUACAAGUCUGUCAUCUUGCGCUGCAUAGUUCUCAAGUCCAAUCCGAACCGUAUAGCCAGCGCACGCUGGUAUCGGAACACGAUUCCAAUCCGCACUCCUCCCGUGGACCCUCAAGACGUCCCACAGCUCCGCUUCAUACUCGAUCCCACCAACAAUGGCACGUAUGAGUGUAAAGUCAGCAAUGGGGUCGGCACCUCUACUUGCACCUUCCUCGUCUCAGCUCGACCAUACACUGCCGAAUUUUACUUUGACACGCCAAACCCCAUCCGCAUCCUGAAGGGCAGCAACUACUCCUAUAACUUGCAGUGGACGCAGAAAGAACCAAACACUACGGACAAAGUCAUCGGCUAUUGGAUCAGCGUGCACCAGAUGGGUCAAAAGGUGAUGUCCAAGCAGAUCAACACCAGAGAGCCCGUGAAAGGUGUGCUGAUGUCACACACCAUAACGGACUUGCGCAUCCCUCUGUCCUACGAGGUUGGCCUCACUCCCAUCACCGCCUUUGGUACUGGAGACACCGUCACCCGGACCAUCCAGUACUCUGAGCCCUACACUUAUCCAAGACCUUCAGAUCAUGUGUGUGGUUUCGAGGAUGUGCGGAUCUGCGGGUUCUCCCAGGAUCGCAGUGAUGUGUUUGACUGGACCAGACAAAAUCAUUUGAGUCAAAACCCUAAGCGCUCGGUAAACACGGGUCCCGACACUGACAGGAGUGGGACCAAAGAAGGUUAUUAUAUGUACAUCGAGACAUCACGGCCACGUCAGAAAGGGGAUAAAGCUCGUCUCCUGUCCCCGCUUUACAACGUCACAGCAGCGCGAGGUCCCUCGGGCUCCGGCAGAGUUCCGUACUGCAUCUCUUUCUUUUACCAUAUGAAUGGAAAACACAUCGGAACUCUGAAUGUCCUCCUGCGAGUGAAGGGCAUCGCCACAGUGGAUUCUUUAGCAUGGACACUCUCAGGCCACCAAGGCCCCAACUGGAGGAAGGCUAACGUUGUGGUGUAUCCCAGUGGGCCAUUCCAGGUGGUGUUUGAGGGCAUCCGUGGUGAUGGGUUUGAGGGUGACAUUGCUAUUGAUGAUGUCUCCGUCACCAAAGGGAAGUGCAAGCAGGAGAAGCUCCCCGAAACAGACGUGCUUCCAGGAACAGCCCGAAGCCUUCAGCCUGUUACACUGACCGAGCUGCUUGUUAGCUCCAUGUGCCUCUACGUCCUGCUAUUCUCCAGAUGAUGGACGAUACACCUGUUCAUACCCUCGCACCCGCCGCCCCCCUGUGGCAUCAACCAACACUGCCCAGAUAUGUUCCUUCCCUUCUCCCUCCUCUCCUGUCUCUUUUUUUUUUUCCUCAUUCAUACUUUCCUUGCUUUUCCUGGUCAUGUUUCUCCAUUCUCGGCUUGACCACCCUUCAUUUGCACUUGCCAUUGUCUCCCUAGACUAGCUCUUUGUUUCUGUCUCUGAGUUUAACUCUGUAUUAUCAAUGGCUUGCCAUCAUACCUCAAACCUUUUUGCUAUGACUAGUUGAAUCCACAUUCAUAAUAUUCUUAAUAUUUGUAUCACAUCAGUAUGUAUGUUUAUUAUUUCUCCCCCACUACCCUACCUCUGCACCCUCUCUGUGUUGCUGACACACCAAAGUGUCAAUUAUGCUACCAAAGAUGAUGGCGGUUCUUCAGAUGAAACGAAGGUUGGGGCAAACACGCCCUUUCAAGCGACGUAUCUCUCACCCUUUUGACUGUCCUGCACGGAAAUACGAAUUCUUGUGACGGAUUAGCAGAUGGUAGGGUGGAGAGUGUGAAAAUGAGGAUGGCCAAAUGAAAUGAGACUAAAUCUCAUGCUGUCUAUUUGGAUGAGCUGAAUAGAAGAGAACCUGUACAGUUACAUGUAUAUGAUAUAUUACCUAAGUAUCAACACAUGGACAAUGACUACAACUUCUGAGACUAAUCGUGACUCAGACUAAGUUAAACUAAAGAAGCACAAAUUUAUAUGCUUUUUUUUUUUUUUUUUUAUCACUUUGGUUUCCCCAUGUGGUAUUUUGUCCAUCUACAAAUUUGCUGUAUGCCUUGUCCCUUAUUAUAAAUGAUGUUUCCUGCCUUGCUGCUGAACAGAAUGGUGGCUAAACUUUACAUCAAAGGGUAGUCCUAUAUCGGACAUGUCUACCCUUGUCUCACCAUCCUCCGAGACAGUGGCAACCCGUAUUAUCUAUACGUUAAACCGCAUGUUGAACAUUGGCUCUGUGCCAAUCAGCACUCUCCAGUGAUGGACUAAUGGACAUCAGAAUUGACUGAUUUCCCCAAGUGCAGGAGCGUGAGAUCCAUAAGGACUCCAAAGACGGACUUCCCAGAAGGUCUGCAUGCUCCACAUUUCUGACCUGGUGAUCCUAUAGCGAAAAAGCCAAGUUGCUGAAGAGGAUUUGUAUAGUGAAGGUACAUCCAAGCAUUUCAACAGCUGCUGAAAGUGAGUGCCAUGUUCUGACUUCACACUUUCUGAAAGCGUGGGCGUUCGAAAGAGGAACUGGACCAUGCUGCCAACAAGCAAGGAGACAUCUAGUUUUGGCACAAAGCAAAACCACCUUUCAACGAACUACUCAUCAAUAAAUAACGAACGCCAACAUUUCAUAUUAAGCAAUACAGCAUAAUAAUUAUUCUGCAAAGCUGAGCACAUGUUUAGUGAAAUGUGCCAUCAUCAUAGUUUAUGCUUUGAGCAAAAUGUAUCAUAUGCUUAUCCCGACAACUCGUACAUUUCAGAGUGUCAACUUUUACUGUGAACCAUUUCUUCCGAUUUGUUGAGACUAAGGUACCAGGGAGUGCAUCAGGGUUCUCUAUUAGGUCCUCUGCGAAUGGCAAUUACUCACAAUUUAUUCAUCAAAUGACCAUGAAUGCCGAUUUUGUGGACUUUUAUUAAGGAGCACAAACACACACACACACACACACACACACACACACACACACACAUAUAUAUAUAUAUAUAUAUAUAUAUAUAUAUAUAUAUCAUACAGAUGGUGGUAAAAAGAUAAAACAUAAACCAUGUGUGCCUCUGUUGGAGUAUACACAUUAUGGGCGAUCUGGUCAUCAUAACAUUAGAUGCUAUGAAACAAUCAUAUAUAAAUUUGUUUUGACCCAGUAUUAUUCAUGUUCAAACGCUCUGCCAUCCUAGUUCAAUAUGCAAUGUCUAAUCACUGAGCUUUUAGUGUGAGGUUAGAUUUCUGAAAUCAUGUUGUGGUUUUCCUCAUUCUUGAGCCCUGCUUGUAAAAUUUGCUCACACUCAUAUUUAAUCAGUGCAUAUUUAUCUUAGGACACUAUAUCGCUUAUAUCUGCUACAUUCCGGUAAAGGUGUUGACUUGCAUCUCAGGUCUUCUUUUUUUUUUUUUUUUUUUUUUUUUUUAAAAGUACGUAGCAAGUGCAGCAAGAGCCUUUUAGAUUUCUCUUUUCCUUCUGGCCCAGUCAACUGUACGUUACAUAGUUUUUAGGCCUGUGUGUUACCAUUCAUGCUAACUCAUGCACUUGAGUUGAUUAGCCAUUUAUCAUAAUAAAUGAAAUGCUUCCAGAACAGAACAAUUGGAAUUGAAAAACGAAAUGAGGGAAAGGGAAUAUUACUUUAUUACUCUCUAAAAUAAAAAAAAAAGCUGGGGUAAAAAUGAGCAAAUUUGGGUCGAUUUGGAAGCCCAGUCCUGGGUCCAAUAUGGACAAACAAGCAUGGGUUGCUUAAACCCAGUGAGGUUGGGUUAGUAUGUUCAGCCAGCAUACUGGAUUGAUUUUGUUUAGUAAAAAUGACUACAUUACAGUGCUAGCCAAUAAUCUGAGAUAAUGUUACAAAGAAAAUGUAGCUAGAAGUAAUGUUAACAGUUAUGUAGCAGCCCAAAUUUAACUGUUAAUAUAAUUAUGUAAGAAUUUAAGAAUCUAUCUUUAACUUUAUGAAGUCUGAAAGCCAAUUUCUGACAUAUUUUCCCCUGAAAGAAAGUUAGCUAGCAUACUUUUGUCAGCAUUGGCUAAAAAAAGUUCUUGCCAACAUAAUGUCUAGUUAAUACAGAAAUCUAACCUCAAAAGUUUCUACUAAAUGAUAAGGUAUCUGUGAACAAAAACGUACAUUAAAACAAAAACAGAAACUACAUUUCUUGUCUUAUACCUCAGAUUUUUUUUCCUGCCGCAUUGGUACAGUGGAAAAUUUUGGAAAAAUGAAUCUUGAUGUAACAUGCCUGUUCCCUUUCAGGUCCGCAUCCCUGACCCAGCGUGCUCUGGGUCAUUAUCAACCCAGUUUGGGUCAAUUUGAGAUUUUACUGCUUAUUAAUUUACUAUAUUUUUCUCAACGUUGCCUAUCGAUGCUCAUUUUACCUGCAUUCCAAAUAUCAAUUGCUUCAUGUAAAGUCUAUACCAAGCAUCAUCUAGACAUUUCAUGUACCUCAGUAGAUGUUAGGCUAGCACAGAGAGUUCAGAUUACACAUAUAAUGUGUAUUAAGGUGAAGGGAUACAAUAAUGAAUCCUUUUCAUCCCUAGAUCUUAUUUACAUCAACAUUCAGCUCGUAUUUGUUUAUUAAUAUCAGUAUCAUCAUGCUGUAACUGAAGGACUAUGUGCAUGUGCGGUGAUUGCAUGUCACGUCAUGUCACGUCACUCACGUCCCUGGCACUUGGCACAGUGUGUGCAUGUGUGAGAAAGAAAUACAGAGACAGAUUAACUGUAAGGCUGGUGAGUUAAAAUAAUAGGAAUGGAAAUUAUCAUUACGCACAAUUGUAAAGAUUUGGAUAAGUGGGUUGGAGAGAGUAUAUCUUGUCCUUGGUUCUUUGCUAAUGGCACUUUUCUCUCUCUUUUCCUCCAUUUCUGUUUUGCACUGUGUUUCUUCCCCUCCCAUUGAAACGUGUCUCGUUGUUACGGAAGGUCGAUUUCAUUGCUUUGAGGUAAAUGAGUAAAUGGGGCUCGGAUAAACGCACUCUCAUUUGCCCUAAAUGGCCAUUAGAUGAACUAUAGAGAAUGAGUUUGGGUUUGAAAAUGAACAAAAAUGUAUGCGCACAACCUGAAAAUGACCUUAAAUCCCCCCCAAAGAGAUCAGAAAAUCAGCACUGACAAACUUCCUUCAAAUGACUCGGUGGCGUUACGUCUCGUAGUCCCAAGCUGAGAUCGAUUUCCUGUUAUAAACACAGAUCCAUUUGAUCCACACACUAAUUGCAGUGUUAAAUUAUUUAGGUUAUUUUACAGAUAUGCAGCGUUGCAGUCUGCAACCUGCGUCUUGGCAUUGUGACUGUUGUGAGCAUCGAUGUCAUGUGCAGAUUUAAUGUUCUACAUGUUUAAAAGGCAUCAACGUAUCCUAUUUUGUGAACAUACUUUCAGAUGAACAAUCAGUUGGUGCUUCUUUGAAAUGAUAAUGACAAACCUAUGGUUAAUACACUCACCAUCCACUUUAUUAGAAACACCUGUGCACAUGUACAAUCAGCCGAGUAUGUGACAGCAGUGCGGUGCAUAAAAUCACGCAGAUACAGUUAGCUUCAGUUAAUAUUCACGUCAAACAUUGCCUGGUCUUUUUCCAUUCUUGUGCCCACUGUAGCCUCAGUUUCCUGUUCUUAGAUUGCAGGAGUGGAACCUGAUUUGUUCUUCUGCUGGUGUAGCUUAUCUGCCGCAACGCAUGACAUGUUGUGCGUUCUGAGAUGCUUUUCUGCUCAUCACGGUUGUAAAGAGUGUUUGAGGUGAAAAUUAAUUUAAGAUCAUGACUUGUACAGGUAUGAAUUGAAGCAUUGCGCUGCUGCUACAUGAUAAGGAUAAUUGCAUGAAUGUCCAGUUGUUCUUGCUAAAGUCGAUGGUGUGUGUAUAUUCCAAACACAGUGUACCACUUCAGCAGUAUGCAAUGUGUGUUGAAUUUUCUUACAUUCAUCAUGUCCUGGUUUAGAGCCCUGAAAGAAAAAAGCCACAGUUUGUCAUCGACAUCAUUAAUUAAGAUUUGCAAAUGAAACAUGUUAAAACACAUUUCAAUUAUCGUACAAAUGCUGUCACAACAUUCACUACCAUGCAUUUUUGUACCUUGAGUGCUGAAAAACACUUUCUGAUCGUGACCACGUCCAUU